CCUUCUAAUAUUCAACCACGUGUUCUAUCUCUGUAGUACCGACCGCGUAAGAUCACAGCACAAUUCAUUCAGCAUAAAUUAGCAUCUUCUUGUUUCUAGGUUGUUCAAAUCGAUUCUUCACUUUACCACGACUGAUCUCACUCUCUCUCAAUCUGUAGAACAUGGCGGAAGCAAGUGCACCAGCUGUACCAAGUACUGAGUUGUUGGAGUGGCCAAAGAAAGAUAAGCGCAGAAUGUUGCAUGCUGUAUAUCGUGUCGGUGACCUUGAACGUACCAUCAAGUUUUACACAGAAUGUUUUGGGAUGAAAUUGUUGAGGCAGAGAGAUAUUCCAGAGGAGAAGUAUUCGAAUGCUUUUCUUGGUUUUGGCCCUGAAGAGUCUCACUUUGUGGUUGAGUUGACAUAUAAUUAUGGAGUUGAUAAGUAUGACAUCGGAACCGGCUUUGGGCAUUUUGCUAUUGCCACACCAGAUGUUUACAAACUGGUUGAGGAGAUAAAGGCCAAGGGUGGAACUGUCACAAGGGAGCCUGGUCCUGUCAAGGGUGGAUCUAGUGUUAUUGCUUUUGUCAAAGAUCCUGAUGGCUACCUAUUUGAAAUCAUCCAGAGAGAGUCUACUCCUGAACCACUUUGCCAAGUGAUGCUUCGUGUGGGGGAUCUUGAACGUGCGAUCAAAUUCUACGAAAAGGCACUUGGGAUGCAAGUGGUGAAGAAAGUUGAUAGACCAGAGCAUAAGUAUACCAUUGCUAUGAUGGGAUAUGCUCCAGAGAAAGAGACGACUGUUAUUGAGUUGACAUACAACUAUGGUGUGACUGAAUACACAAAGGGAAAUGCAUACGCACAGAUUGCAAUAGGCACUGAUGAUGUCUACAAAAGCGCGAAGGUUGUCAAUCUUGCUAUCCAAGAGCUCGGAGGAAAGAUAACUAGACAGCCAGGAUCAAUUCCUGGACUUAACACCAAGAUAACUUCAUUUCUGGAUCCAGAUGGCUGGAAAACAGUGCUGGUUGACAAUAAGGAUUUUCUGAAGGAGCUAGAAUCGUCCAAGUAACUGGUCAAGAAGAUGCUUGUUCGUAUUUCACUAGAUAUCAAUAAAUAAUCUGCUGUGGUGUUUAUCUUCACAUGCAGACUAAUGCAUAUGUGUCUAGUACCGUAAUCAACUACUCCUUUAAGCACUUCUCCAGACAUUUUCGUGUGUUACAAUGUGAAUUUGACAUCUCUAACUUGCUGAGUAUGUCUUGCUGGUUCCUAUUCACCUUUUGAGUUUGUGUAUGUAUGAAAUUAUCCAAUCAGCAA